CACAUGUUUUUCGACUGAGAUUCCGCUCCUCCUAGUAAUAACAGCCUAAUGGCUCUGGUUUCCUCCCGCGCCGGCCCAGUUUUCCAUCCCAGCUCCAGCUCCAGCUCUCGGCCGCCGCCUCUGGGAGCGGGAGGCGAGUCCUGGACGGGAGAAAACCGAGGGCAGGAGGUGGGGCAGGUCCGGCCCCUCCGUGGCCUGCGGACGCCAAGCGGAGGCGGCGGGAUGGCGGGCUGCUUUUGUCAUCCCUCGGGAGCUGAGCUCUGCACCCAGCUCUCCAGCUGCGUUUAAAAAUCUGCAGUAGGAAAAAAAAAAAAAAAAUCGAGCAACGCCAGGUCCAAAGAACUGGAGGGGAGGAGGAGUACAGUGUAUCCGUGAUGUCCCCAAAUGAUCAGAGACAAGAACAGGAGGGGUUCCAGGCUUUAUUAUUAAAUACUUCCUCCAAGCCAGAGAAAUCUGGGCUCAGGCCUCGGUUCUGGAAGGAGGAGGAUGAUGUGAGGGACGGGGCGCGGGGGGCGCGUCGAGGCUUCCGGCCUCCAGGGCGUCAGAGGGUCGUGGCGGGAACCGGGAGGGCGCGCGCUCGGAGCUCCCCCCCCACCCCACCCCCCCGCUCCAGGGUCUUUUUCCCUUGGGACUCGGAGACGCCCAUCCUCCGGGCCGGCCUCGCCGUGGGGCAGGAGGGGGCCGGGAUGCCGCGACCUCGCCUAGCGACCGGCCUCUCCCGGGCGACGGCGCCGCAACAAGAUGGCGGACGACAGAGAGAGGGAAGGCACAGAGAGAUUGGGACAAUUAUCAGGUCUUUAGGAUGCUGCCCUAGUGAAGGAGAGCUCCAUGAUCUGAUUGCAGAGGUAGAGGAGGAAGAACCCACUGGCUACAUUCGAUAUGAAAAAUUUCUUCCCGUGAUGACUGAAGUACUGCUGGAAAGAAGAUACAGGCCAAUUCCAGAAGAUAUCCUUCUUCGAGCUUUCGAGGUGUUAGAUCCAGCUAAACAUGGAUUUCUUACUAAGGAAGAACUGAUCAAGUAUAUGACUGAAGAAGGAGCGUGUGAGAAGAGCGGGCCCAGAGAGUCUUGUUGGCCAGCAGCAGGCAGUGAAUCUGGACAAGUUUCCUGGGACUAGAUAGUGGCGGCCUGGGUGCAGGAGUUGAGAAUUCAUCCUGAGGGCAGUGGAGAAGCAUUGUGCGGUUUUGAGCAGGUGAGUCACGUGAUACAGGAGGGAUUGUGGAAAGGCCGAUCUGCUGCCAGUCGGCUUGUCAGAGGAGUGAGAAAGAGCUUAGACUGGGGAGACCAGUCAGGAGGCUGGUUGAGCACUUUGAAGGACCCUAACAAGGGCUGAAUGGGACUGUGGCCGUAGCCGUGGGAACGGAAAGAAGGGUUGGAUCCAAUAGGACCAUCUGCAGCAGGGUCCCCAGGUUAUGCUGCGUGGCAGGUGCAGGGGACAAAGAUGCGAGCUGGGUCAAAGGACCAGGCUCGGGCUUGGACGGUGGCUGUGGUGCUGAUGCUACGGACUGAAAUCCGGGAAUCGGGAACAGGCUGCAGCGGAUACAGACACAGUGCAGCUUUUCACAGGACGCACAGACUAGGAAUCCGUUUGAGCAUAUGCGUUCCAAACACCCAGGAUAUUGUAUGAUGAACGUAAUAAAUCACAUUGAUUCAAGUUCCUCCCGGACAGAAUCCACACGCAUCCUGGUGUGUGUAUUGUGUUGGACAGUGUUUGGCAGCAGGGGUGAUCUCAAAAAAACAGUUUUUAAACAGCACAUAUAGCUGCCUGUGUGCCAGGCAGUGGUCUAAAGGCCAUUCAAAUAGUAACACUUUUAAUCGUCGUAACAAGCCUAUGAGAUACGUACUAUUAUCCCCUCCGUUUUAUAGACAGGGACCCUGGGACACAGAGAGCUCGAGUGACUUGCCUGGGACCUUAAAGCUAACGAGACCGUCCGGCAGCUGAACCCAAGCAGUCAGGCUCCCAAGCUUAUGCCUUUAAUCCCUGCGCUCUUUCCCUCCAUCCUUCAUCGGACCCUGCUCAUCUCUUUCCUUGUCCAGGGAAGCAGCAACCGCCUUCCCUAUGUCACUGUGAGCGAGGCCUUGCUCCCCGCAGGAGCGUGUGCUUGUUGAGUUCACGGACCUUGAGGUGGACGUGGGGCGUGCAGACCCCAGUUCCAGCACUCACCCAGGGGGCCUGCCUGCCUUUUUUCUUUGUGUGCAGUGUGGAGACAACAGUUCUCACCAU